AUGCGGCCUACAUCCAGGCUACUCCAAGCUUGCAGAAUCACACUCUUCACGCGUGCGAAUUGCGGUCUGUGUACUGAAGCCAGAUCGGUCUUGUCGGAAGUCUGGGACUCGCGACCUUUUCAGUUCAAAGAGGUCGACAUCAUCAAAUCGGAUACGAUGCCGCCGUGGAGGGAUCUGUAUGAGUUCGAUGUGCCUGUGAUCCACAUCAGCAAGUCGUCGGCACCCGAGGAACAUCCCCAGUCCGUCUCCAAGGCGGCCAGGAUCAUGCACCGGUUCACGGCAGAGCAAGUGAAAGCAAAGAUGGACGCUGUCGAGAAGUCAUGA